AUCCAUUGUUGGGUAGCUGUUUUUUUUUUUCCCCUUUGUAGCCAACCAAACAGUCAUGUGUAAUAUUUGGCUCUAUGUCACACUGACUGUUUCAGGAGCUGUUUUUGUCUUGUGUGAUGAUGAUGCAUUCUGUAAUGACACUUUGACAUCACAGACCCAGACACCGUGUCGAUCCUGCCUCGCAAACACUCACAUCACCUGCCCCGAGGGCACCACCCAGCUCACUACGGGACAUGGCAGUGAAGAUUGCUCCUAUGUUCAGACUAUUGGCACCCACAGGGUUCGCCUCAAAGGUUGUCGGCACAAGUGUGAAAGGGUGAUCAAGGUGGCCUCUUGUUGUAAUGGAUACUGGGGAAGCCAGUGUGAAGAAUGUGUUGGUGGAGUGGAGAACCAGUGCUAUGGACGAGGUCUCUGUGAUGAUGGUUAUGAAGGAACUGGAAUGUGCACAUGUCUGGAUGCUUUUAAUGGGACAGCUUGUGAAUUUUGCAAAGAUAAUCAGAUGUAUGGAGAAAACUGUGAUCUGGAGUGCAAAUGUGUGAAUGGGACCUGCAACAAUGGACCUGAAGGGGAUGGUUCAUGUGAAUGCUUUUUUGGCUACACUGGAAAACUUUGUGAUAAAGAGAUUCCAGGCUGUGACAAUGUGACCUGUGCUGAUGAUGCCAAGUGUGUUAUGAUUGGCAGAAAUGCAACCUGUGUUUGUGAUGAUGGCUACGAGGAAGUGGAGACACAGGGCUGUGUAGCUAUCGAUGCUUGUCUGUCUUCUCCGUGUGAUGAUAAUGCUGACUGUGAGUCAACUGGACCAAACCUUCACCGCUGUACCUGUAAGAAGGGUUAUCAGGGUGAUGGUUUGUACUGCAAUCCUAUCAACAGGUGUCAUGAGAACUCGGGUGGAUGUGUCUCAAACACUUCUGUCUGUGUUUAUCGUGGACCAGGGGAGCAUGAAUGCGUUUGUAUGUUUGGCUAUGAAAAGUACCGGGCAGGUUUUGGGUGUUCUCUGACAGACAUGUGCACUAAAACCAUUAAGCCCUGUGAUGAAAAUGCAAACUGUAAGACAGUGGAGCCAGGGAGAUUUGAAUGCAUUUGCUAUCCAGGAUAUAUUGGGGAUGGCAAAUUAUGUUACGGAAACCUUUUACAGGUUUUGGAGAAGAUGAACGCCAAUUUCUCAGACCCGGUAACAGGAGAUUCGCUGCAUAUUGCCACUCAGGUGUUAAAGACGCUGUUCCGAGAUCUCCUUACAGAACAUGGCCCCCUGACCAUAUUUGUCCCCACAGACAAAGGCUUCAAAGCAAUCAGGAGGAGUGGAUUGGCUGAUUUCUUGAAAGACAAAGACAGGGCAAGACAGAUUCUGUUCCAGCAUGUAAUUGUGGGUCAACUGCUGAUGGAGGAUAUGGCUAACAGCACAGUGUUUUACACUCUGCAGGGAAGCUCUGCUGAGCUACAGGCUAGGGGAAGUGGUUUUCGUUUCAAACUCCAUGGUACCAGGGAAAAGGCUCGGAUAUUAAAGUCUGAUGUUGUUGCAUCAAAUGGGGUUAUUCACAUCAUCAAUUCUCUUCUCACGAGCCAGCCCAAUCAAAUGGGAAAUAAGUCAGUGGAAUUAUUCGAUCUGAUCAAUUCUGAAGGCAGACACAACAGAUUUGUAACUCUGAUCAGGGCUGCAGGCAUGGAGAGCUGGUUUAAUUCUGCUAACCUGACAAUUUUUACACCUAGUAAUUCGGCGUGGAGUGCUUUACCUGAAGGCUCAUUAGACUACCUGCAAUCACCUAAGGGAAAGGACAGGCUUGUUUCUCUCCUGCAAAAUCACAUUUUUCCUGGUGUGAUAAGAGCAACUGACUUAAUAAAUUUGCAAAGGUUGAAAUCUUAUGAUGGAUCAUCUGUAACGGUAGAAAUUUCUGAAGUGGGUAAGAUAAUGUUGAAUGGGGUAGCCCGUAUUUCCCAGACCAACAUUCCUGGAAAGAAUGGUGUUUACCAUCACAUUGAGGCAGUGCUCCUACCUGAAGGAAUUAAAUCUGUUAUCCCAAACAGGUGUGACAAUUCAAUCAGCAGAAUCAUUCGGGGAUCUUGUGGUCCUUGUGAAGGAGUCCUGAAAUGUCCUGGAUCUUCUGAUGCAGCUAUGAAUGCGACUGCAUAUGGCUGUAACUAUUGGGUGAAAGCUGGUUCCAGAUACAUUGCCUUGAUUGGAUGUGCCAGGAUGUGUAACAGAACUUUUGUGACCCCACAGUGCUGUCCAGACUUUUACGGUCGUGAAUGUAAGCCUUGUCACGGAGCCUUCAAGCAGAUCUGUAGUGGACAUGGUCGAUGUAUGGAUGGAUACAGUUUUGAUGGCAAGUGCAUCUGUGAUAAGGGGUUUGAUGGAGUGGCUUGUCAAGUUUGCUCAGACAAGAAGAUGUUUGGUACCAAUUGUUCUCAGGAGUGCACCUGUCUGUAUGGUAACUGUGACAAUGGGCCUCAGGGAACUGGAAAGUGUAAGGAGGGCAGUUGUGCCGAUGGUUAUUGGGGAGAGAACUGUGAGAUGAAAAAGAAUGUGUGUUUGAGACAUGCCCUCGUUUGCCAUGCCCAUUCUGUCUGUGUCAAGGACUCCACAAGAACCAGUUGUGUGUGUAAACCUGGGUAUGAGGGGAAUGGAGUGAGUUGUCAGGAGAUAGACCCAUGUCUGCGUGCUGACAGGGGAGGUUGUCACCCACAGGCAACAUGUAAGAAGACUGGCCCGGGGAUGCACCAGUGUACAUGUGAUCAGGGCUGGGUAGGGGACGGCACCUAUUACUGUUACCGCUCAACACCGUGUGUUAGCUCUUACACCUGUCACAACAAUGCCACCUGUAAAGCAGUAGCAGCUGGAGAGUAUGUUUGUAUCUGUGAUAAAGGUUUCCAAGGCAACGGGACGUUCUGCACUUCAACUGAUCCAUGCAGUACAAAUAAUGGUGGAUGUCAUGCUGAAGCAACUUGUACAUCACUGGGAAUGGGCAAGGCAAACUGUACCUGUCCUGAAAAUUAUGGUGGGGACGGAAGGAACUGUUAUUCCUCCAUCAACGUAGAAAUCAAACAAUACCCAGAUUUGUCACAAUUGGCAGCACUCUUUGCAGCUAUUCCUCCAGAAGACAACAUUGUGGCAGAUUUGAAUAACUCUUACACCCUGUUUGCUCCCAACAAUGAGGCAAUCAAGAGGUUUAAAACCAAGGCUCCGUCAAAUUUUUGGGAUGAUGAAGGAAAUAUUCUCACCCUUCAAGGAUAUCACUUGUUGUCUGGAAGCUACACAAUCUCUCGGCUCAAACAGCUGACAAAGCUAUUGAAUAAAGUCAACACACUUGCUGAUGGAAUGUCAGCAAAUGUAUCUGUGAUAAACAAUAAAGAAGUGUUUGUGAAUGAUGCUAGAGUUGUAAAGGCGGACAUUCCAGCCAUAAAUGGAUACAUUCAUGUCAUUGAUAAGGUUCUUGAGCCCUAUCCUGUAAGUGUAGAUCAACCGUCACUGGAGGAAUUUUUCAUGGCACAUCCAGAAUUUUCCAUGUUUUCAGACAAUCUAAAGAAAGCAAACCUGUUCACUGAUGUGGAUGAUAUGGAUACCUAUACCUUGUUUGUUCCCAUGAAUGCUUUCCUGCAACACAAUGGGAUUACUACAAUGAGUGCCAAGUUCCUUUCCUUGUUUAUUGUUCCCAAACUUGUCAUGUCCACAACCAUAUCUGAUGGUCAGAGGGAGAACACAAUUCUGGGCAGUCAUGACCAGCUCCAGUUUUCCCGAAGGGGUGCAAAAAUAUAUGUGAAUGAUGUGCUAAUAUCUCGCCCAGACAUGCCAACAGACGGGGGAGUUAUUCAUGGUAUUGAUGGAAUAAUACGCAGCACUGUCCGCCAUUGUGAUGUUAAAAAGAAAAAUAAUACUUAUGGCAAGUGUGUAUCCUGCCAAAUAGGUAUAGCAGCAUCCACUUGUCCCACUGGAUACACACAGGCUAAGAACCUCUCCCUCCGUACGGGAUGUACAUAUACAGAACCAGUAGUGCAGGGAGGGGAAUCAAAGUUCUUGGGUUGUCAGGCCUGGUGCACAGUUAACUUUACACCUGGAUGCUGCUCUGGAUAUUAUGGACCUGAUUGUGAAGAAUGCCCCGGUGGAGCUGACACACCAUGUAAUAACCAUGGUGUUUGUUCCAGCUCUGGAGAGUGUCAGUGUAAUGAGCGUUUCUCUGGAGUUGAAUGUCAGAGCUGUGCAGAUGGAUGGACGGGAAACAACUGCAGUAUAGACACUACUUCCUGUGAUUACAACAAUGGUGGAUGCAAUGCAGCAGCUGACUGUAGUAAAAUUGAUGGGGCAAUCAUAUGUGUGUGCAAGCCAGGGUAUAUAGGCACAGAUGGUACUGAUUGUCGCCAGCCAUGUGCUUAUGCUAAUGGAGGAUGCCAUCCAAAUGCCAAGUGCAUAUAUCAGGAUAAAGAAGUCAUAUGUGAGUGCUCAGAAGGGUAUAUAGGUGAUGGGAAGCAUAACUGUGAUAAAGAUGUAUGCAAAAUAGAAGGUAGUCCAUGUUUGCCACAGAAGUAUUGCACGUACUUAAAAAUUACAGGAAUGUUGAACAACACAGUGAUGUGUUCAUGUGAAGAUAAUUACCAAGGAAAUCAAACGGGAACAUUCUGCAUAAACAGAAGUUUAUUUGAAGCUGUGAAAUCAAUGACCAUCACAAGAGAAUUCUACAAGGAACUCGUUGAUAAGACUUGGUACUCGCAGAGACAAGAUAUCAUCAGCCUGUUACAGGGUAUGGAUGGGAACAAAACAGUCUUCCUGCCAACAGAUUCCAGCCUACAAGGCUACAAUCUGACAACAAACGAUCUUGAAAACCACAUUGUGAACAGAAGUGUUAUGGUUGAGCCGGAAUGGUGGUACGACAAUGGGAAUAUGUUUGAAACAUUAGCCGGUAAAACGAUUGUCAUUCGCCGACACUCUGAGUUCACAGUUAAUGGGAUAACCAUUUUGAAGCGUAAUCUACAAACAGCGAAUGGCUUGGUUCAUAUCAUAGCCCAGCCCCUGUGGAUGAAUGGCCCACCUGCUGCACCAUCUACCCCAGAGCCAACACAAACAACAGGUACAUCCCCAGAUAAUCCACUUGUUACUGUCAUGGUGACUAGGGAACAGAAGGAAUCAAGCAUUGUGGCUCCUGUGGUUGGAGCAGUGUUCGGAGUUCUGGCUCUUGUGGCAAUUGCUGUACUUGCAGUCUGGUUGUGGAAGGGAAAAGCUACUGGCUUCAUGCAGUUUAGGAAGAGGUUUAGAAAGGGCUCAGACAACAGUCUGUCAUUGGCCCGGAUUCAUUCUGAUAAAGAUGAAGAUCUGGUCGCUCUGGAGUCCCCUGAGGUGAAGAAGUUUAACAAUCCCCUGUAUAAUGUGAAGGAUGGGUAUGACAACCUGGAUGAUGACUGAGCUCAGUUAGGCAAGCUUCUGGUGACUGAACUCUGUGAGGCAAGCUUCUGGUGACUGAACUCUGUGAGGCAAGCUUCUGGUGACUGAACUCUGUGAGGCAAGCUUGUUGUGACUGAACUCUGUGAGGCAAGCUUGUUGUGAGUAAAUUCUUCGAGGCAAGCUUGUUGUGACUGAACUCUGUGAGGCAAGCUCAUUUUGAAAUGCUAUAGAAUAUAUUACAUUCCCUCUGGAAAAUAAUGCAAAGUCUUCAUUAACUUGUUUAGCCUCGCUUGUAUUCAGUGUUUUUCCCAAAAUGUGUGCUGAAAUGUCUUCCGUAUAUGCAUCCUGCUGUUAUAUUUUUGAGAUGUGCUUAUCAAAUUGCCAUUUACGUUUCAAUUUCUCUCCAAGAGAGAAUCUACAGCUUUAUGUAUAUACUGAGAGUAUUCAAUGAACAUACAUACAUUGUACAUGUAGAUAAAUGUUUGAUGAUGUCAGUCAAUUGAUGUGAAAAUGA